AUGUUGCCGUUCAAGGGCAAGCAAGUCUUGAUCAAGCUGAUAUGCGGCGGCGCUUUGCCGAAGGAAUUGUCCGAGAACGAGUUCGCCAAGAUGCUGGUGAGAACAGCGCGUUUCCUGCGUUGGCUAGCCGUGGGGCUGUGCCCGGAGCAGUUCAAGCUCCUAGAGUCCGCGCAGCACAAGUGGUUAGAGGCAUCGCUGGCCAGCUACAUGUGGCAAGGCGUUGAGGAUCAUUGUUUGGAGCAGUGGGUCGACUUUGUCAUGGAAGAGAAAGUCAGUCACGUAUCUUUGCAUUUCGACGGCCUGCGCGUCGACAAGGGGCGCGCCCUUUUGAGCCAGGCGGGCGGCGAUGCGCAGGCCACGGCAGUUUCGGACGCAGAGAAGCGCAGCGGCGGCCUCGGCGGCCUCGUCGCCGCUGUUCUGGGCGCCGCCUCGGCGCUCGUAUCGGACAUGUGCGAGAGCGACGUUGCGCCGCUUUGCGUCGGCAUCGACGUGAAACAGCGUGGGCCGCACAAGUGCUACGUCGGCAGGGAGCGCUGGAGUCUGCCGGCCGGGGCGCUGGACGAGGCGGUGUUGGCGGCUCUCGAUCGGUGCAUGGUAGUGGCAUUUCAGAUGAAGCCCGCCGAUCGAGAUGACGAAGAUCAUCGAGAUAGUUCGUUGGAUGGCGCAUUGGAUUUAUUUGCGGGCGCCGGCAUCGAGGACAAUGUCGCCGCCGUCUGCCGCGCGCGCAGACGCCGCUCGCUCGCGGCGCGCGUCGCCGCAGGUAGCCCGAGCUCAGACCGCUCUCUGUCGCCGCCCUCGCCGGCCAGCCCAGCUGCGCAGCGGGGGGCGGCAGCUCUUCGCGAGCUCGGUUGUUCAAUUCGCGGCAUCGUGCCUUUUGACCGGCGACGUCUGACGUGGCACGGCAACUGCAUCCCGUUCGGCAUUGCGGCGCUCACUGGCGAUUGGGAUGGCGUCAUCGCAGCUGCGACUGUGGAUUCGGACGAGAACGCAGCAGCUAUGGCGAGCGGCCUUCGUCGAUAUAGUGACUGCGCCAAUCUCUUUGGCGUUUCAUUGCGGCCAGUGCCGACGACGGCGGUGGAGACACUUGGCCGAUUUCUUGUUCACGGAAAAGUUGCAGGCAGAGAACAUUGCGCAGCUGUCGAAGUAUUCGAGCACGGCGGCAGCAUCUUACACUCAGAAGGGUUAUCUUGGGACGUACCUCGAGGUUGUCUCGACGCUUGCUUGCGGAUUAUCCUCGACUUCGGCGUCGAGGCGGCGUUCGCUCUCGGCGGCGGGCAUUCGUCGACCCUUGGCGAUGACGUCGCUGCACGCGACGCCAUGGGCAUGGUGGCCGGAGCCGGCGUCGAGGAGGAGGGGGCCGUUGACGUCGCGAACGCCGGCGACGAGCACGCCGAGGAAUUGGAUGACGAUUCAUGCGCGCGCGUGCAUGCGAAUCUCUUGCAGCUUCUACGCGACGAGGUUACUGACUUCGAGAUGAUCGUGAAGUCGCUCUCUCGCACAGGCGCCACGAAGGACGGGAAUGGGAGCGUUGCAAGGUGCUUGCUUUGCCCAUUCAAAGAGUAUUCUACUUCGUCUGUAAACGUUAAGAGGGAUCUCCUUGCGCAUAUCGCGAAUCACCACGGCUUGCACAGAAAAUGCGAGAAUGGUAGAGAUCGUAAGAUGGGAUCAGGUCGGUACGUUGCUUCAGGCACUAAGCAGUGGAAAGUCAUCCAGGCGUUGUUUGACGACGACAUGUUAUCAAAGCAUCAACCGAAGAACUUGCUGCAGCGCAGUGCCGAUCUCAUGCGGCGGUCGGUGAGCCCGCCGUUGCGGUGUCUUGGUGUUGACAAGCAGAUUCGGCUGCUCCUUGACCACGACGGGCCCCGGUUUGUCAACUUCGAGGUUCUCGCGAGAGAUGGCGCGCUCCAAGCCAGGCGCGUGGGAAACACGUACUACACGAAGGAGUUCGCCGAGCUCGUCUUCCGCGAAUCCAUCUUGCACGAAGGUCGAGUGCGCCCGAUGAGGGCGAGGAUUGUGACGCGCUUUAAGGAAGCCGGCAGUUGCGUCACGCACCUUCUACCAGGAAAGGUCGUUCAGUGGUUGUCGUUGAUGGAGGACGUAUUCUCGUCUCCGUUCGUAGAGGAAUUGCGAACCAAUCUCAUGGGCGAGUUGGUUGAUAAUACAGAGUUUGAGCACGUUUCGUUGGAUGCAACUCUGCGCGCUGCCAUGCGCGUGAAAGGCCAGGCGAACUACAGGGAACCGGCAGAGAUUCGAGCGGCGGCGCCGUUUCCAGACGGCGUUGCCAAGAGGCGCAUUUUGACUGCCAAAGGUCGCACGUCAGCCGCCAUUGGCAUGUGGCCCGUGGCCAGCGAAGCGGCAUCCGUCGUGAAGGCGGCUCUUCGAAAUCACUUGCCCGAGCGAGCUCUCCAGCAGUGCGUCUCAGUGGCAUCAGAUGAUCCGUCGGCGACAUUGUUUGCAGAGCUCAAGCAAAUCAUGCCUCAGCUCAAGUUUUUGUGCCUAGAUCCUGUUCAUCUCGCAAUUGUGUAUAAUCAGGCGCACUGGCGGAAACAUUCUCCGGGCCAGGCAGUUUUGCGAAUCAUUUUGAAUAAAUUCAAUAAAGUGAGCUCAGAUUUAAAUGGCGCCGCGUGGGGCGCCCCUUACACGGGCCACCAGGCUAGCUCGCUGUCUGCCGCCGAGGGCCGCGCGCAGUCGUUGAUAGCCGGCGGCGGCAUGCAGAAGCGCCGAGCGCACAAGAUCAUUGCAGAUCUCGACGCCAAUGAGCCAUUCGUGAGAAAACUUGAGUUCAUCGAGGCAUUGGCGGCAUUGACGUCCGUCCACUGGGAAGAAGUGGACAGGCGCACCCCCGCCGCGCCAAGCAGGAAGCUGGCUGAUGUAAUAGCGAAUGCCGCGCAGCACAGUCGAUGCGAAUAUCUUUUUAAUAAUUUGCGCAUGCGGCACUCGCUGCCGGCUCGCGCGCUGCCAUUGCUCGGUUCGGGCACGAGCCCAAACGAAGCGCUGCAUAGCGAGAUCAACAAGUGGUUUAAGAACCAGCCGGAGUUGUACGCGCAGACUUUAGAGCUCCAGCUCGGCGUCAACGUAAUCGGCAAGCAAAUGAUGCAUAAUUCAGCUAUGUACGCCCCCACUCUGCGCCAGCUGUCUUCGCAAACUGUCGCAGCUAGCGUGGUCUGCUCGUUUGCGAUAUCCGCCGCCGAGUGGGCAAAUCAUUGCGCUUCUCAGGCGCAGGAGCAGAGGGCGCCGCGGAAAGCGCAGCUUCCGCUGGCGCUGCAGCGCAAAGCCGCUGAGCCCCUGGCGAACAAGUGGAAGGUGGAUCACAAGCGCAUGGUUGUUGCGCGCAAGCCAGCAGGGCAACAACAAUUCAUUCGCACCCUGAAGCGGCCGGGCGCAGCCAAGCAGCGCAAGCGCACGCCCUUCUCUCUUGUUCGGAAGCGCAGCUAA